CCGUCUCUCGCCCACCUCCUCCUUCACUCCUCCCCCCUCUCUCUUUCCCCGUCAUCCCUCCUCUCCCUGCCCUUCGCCUCCACAGUCCCGUCCCUCUCCCCCGCCAGCCACCUCGCUGUGACCUCCGGCCAGCCCGAACAAAUAUCCAUCAACAACGUUGAAGUCUCUGAUACCCCCAUUUUCGACGACGGAUUUGUCUUCGUCUACGCAAUUGACGGUUUCUUCAACCUGAAUUUCACCCUAGCGGAUGCAGAUCCGGCCAACCCGAACCCUAGAUCCGAUUCCCAGUGCUUGAAGCUAGAAUCAUCCUCUAGAUUUGGGGAUGCACCUGGAGUUUUGAAAUCGAGAGUCUACUCAAACUCACACGACGUUGUGAAACCGUGGACAGUUUUUGGAGCGAUGGACGUGGAAUUGGUCCAGUUUUUCGGGGAUUUUGUAGGUCUCUCUUCUUUGUUCAUGAGGCAUUUGGCUCCGUGCAAAGUGAUGUGGAAUAAUAUGGAUGAGAUGACCAACGGGACUGUGGUUUCCAACAAUGUGAGCGGCUUUAGCUUAGAGAUUACCAAGGAUGAAGUUGAUACAGUGAUGCGAGUGGCUGGUGGUUCACAGGAUCGAGCGGUGAUUGCUUUGCCGGAGAUUGGGGACGAGGAGAUGGAAGUGACGGAGGAUUUUCCAGUGGAGGAAGACAAUAACUCGAUGGCUCUGGAUAAUGGGAAUUUUGAGAUCAGUUGUUGCUAG